CAAGUUGGCACGAAAGCUCAACUUCUUCCUCAUCUUGAUCGUUCAACAUGACCUCCCGCAUAAACAUUGGUCGUCCGGCUUCAACAAGCUAUCAUAGCCCAGAUCCUCAUGGAUUUGCAAACUCAAACUCUUCUACAGGUUACAGAGCAGCUAACCCAGACCAUCCUCUCGAGAAGAUUCGAGCAGCUGCUAAACAGGUCGAAGACGCUAUCGAGAUAUAUUCUCAGCCUUUGAAACCCCAUUUGCCUACUAUCGGCCGGUUCUUGAUCAUCGUCACAUUCUACGAGGAUGCUCUGAGGAUUAUGACACAGUGGAAUGACCAACUUUGGUACCUCCAAACACAUAGAUAUUUCUACCCGGGAAUCUCUCACCUCUUCCUACUGCUUAACGUCAUCACAAUGCUUGUUGCUUCCUCAGCCGUCAUCAUGAAAAGGUACACGGAAUAUGCGGUCAUCGGUCUCCUCAGUGUAGUCAUCAUCCAAGGCUUUGGAUAUGGCCUCAUGUUCGACCCCGUUUUCUUCCUUCGUAACUUGAGCGUCAUAGGCGGUCUCAUCAUGGUAUUCAGCGAAACCAUGUUCAACAAAAAGAAAAGCUUUGCUGGUAUUCCGUCUAUGAGCGAAACAGACCGCAAAAAAUACUUCCUCCUCGCAGGUCGCGUCCUCCUAAUCUUCCUCUUCUUUGGCUUCAUUUUCCGAGGACACUGGAACAUAGGCCGCAUACUCAUUUGCAUGGUCGGUCUCGCAGCAUGCACGAUGGUAGCCAUCGGCUUCAAAGCAAAAUGGUCCGCGACCUUCCUCGUCAUCUUGCUGAGUGUCUUCAACGUCUUUGCGAACAACUGGUGGAGCGUGAAUAGUGCGCACCCUCAGCGUGAUUUUCUCAAGUAUGAUUUCUUUCAGACGCUCUGUAAGCCACUAUUUUCUGCCACAGUAGUGAAACACUAAUCAAUCACAGCUAUCGUCGGAGGCCUCAUCCUUCUUGUAAAUAUGGGACCCGGUACGUCCAUCUCACCCCUUCCUGCUGCGUUCGUUCGUUCGCGACUGACGUUCAUGCAGGUGGUCUCUCG